AUGUCCCUGACGGAGUCAACACCGGAGGCGGCCGCAAAAGCAGCAUCCUUCUCAGCGCGGUCGCUCGCCGUACUACCAGUGGCGACACGAAAUACUGCACUGACAUCGAUCCACGAUGCCCUGGUGGCGAGCAAAGACGCCAUCCUCGAAGCCAACGCACGGGACAUGGACUUAGCAAACAAGGCGUCGCAGUCCGGGCAGCUCUCGCAGAGCGUGCUCAAGCGGCUUGAUCUGUCCCGUCCAGGCAAGUACCAGGACAUGCUCAGUGGGAUCCUCGAUGUGCGGAAUCUCCAAGACCCGAUCGGCCAGGUCACGCUGCGGACACGGCUCGACGAGGGUCUUGAGCUGGAGCGUGUUUCUUGUCCGAUCGGCGUCCUACUCAUUAUCUUCGAGGCACGCCCCGAGGUCAUUGCCAACAUUGCUAGCUUGGCGAUCAAAUCCGGCAACGCCGCAAUCCUCAAGGGUGGGAAGGAGUCUACGCAUUCAUUUGAAGCCAUCGCCACGGUUAUUGGAAAUGCGUUGCGGAAGACGGACGUGCCAAUCGCCGCAAUCCAACUUGUCAAGACCCGCGACGUCAUCGACCAGCUGCUUGGCCUGGAUCGAUAUAUCGACCUCGUGAUCCCGCGUGGCGGUAAUGAGCUGGUCAGGUACGUCAAGGAACACACUAAGAUCCCGGUACUGGGCCACGCGGAUGGCCUGUGUAGUGUGUAUCUGCACAAGGACGCCGACCGAGAUAUCGCGGUCAACGUCGUCCUGGACAGCAAGACUGACUAUCCAGCGGCAUGCAACGCAGCAGAGACACUCCUUGUCCAUCAAGGGGUGCUGAAGACGGUCCUCCCGGACGUCGCGACUGCUCUGCUACAGAAAGGUGUAAGCCUGCGGUGUGACGAGGCCAGCAAGGCUGCGUUGAAGGAGGCGCUGCGCCCCGAAUAUGCAGUUCUGCUGCAAGACGCCACAGAGGAGGACUACAACACGGAAUUCCUGGAUCUGAUUCUAGCCAUCAAGACGGUCCCUGCAUCAACGUCUCCCGCGGCUACGAACGGCAAUACAUCUUCCGCUACAUCUCCCAACGGCACAUCAGACUCCGGCGAAGACUCAUCCCUGAAUCUAGCCAUAGCACACAUCAACGCACAUUCAUCCAAACACACGGACUGCAUCGUCACGACUUCAUCCCACGCAGCAGAGAAGUUCAUGUCGGCCGUCGACGCCGCAGGCGUGUACUGGAACGCGUCCACGCGCUUCGCGGACGGCAUGCGCUACGGCUUCGGCACCGAGGUCGGCAUCAGCACGAAUAAAAUCCACUCGAGGGGACCCGUUGGCCUGGAGGGUUUGACCAUCUACAAGUAUAAGAUCCGAGGGUGUGGGCAGGGCGCCGCGGACUACGGCGAUGGGCAGGGGAAGAGGAAGUUUGCCCAUGAGAGGUUGAUUGGUUAG